ACCUGAUCAUCUCUUUUCAGCCUCCAGUCCAUACUCCACGCCGAGCCGGAUCGAUGGUUCCAUCCAUGGCGAGGAAGCGCAAGGCAUCCGACGACGUCUCUGACGCUGACAUCGACGUCGGCAUACCUCUAUCACUAGCUUCGACGGACGCGUGGACGACGUCCACGGUUGCGGCUGCGACGGCGGCGAGGCAGCAGCAGCGGGGUAGGAAGCGGUUCGUGGGCGUGCGGCAGCGGCCGUCCGGCCGGUGGGUGGCGGAGAUCAAGGACACGAUCCAGAAGAUCCGCGUGUGGCUCGGCACCUUCGACACCGCCGAGGAGGCCGCCCGCGCCUACGACGAGGCCGCCUGCCUCCUCCGCGGCGCCAACACCCGCACCAACUUCUGGCCCCGCCCCUCGCCGCCUGCCGCCUUGCAGCCGCCGCCGCCGCCGGCUAUGUUGUCGAUGCAGGCGCCGGCGUUGCCUUCCAAGGUCUCCAACCUCCUCCUCCUCCGCCUCAAGGCCCGCAACCAGCAGCUCCUCCUCAACGACGCCACGGCGCCGCAAGAGGCUGCGCUGCUGCAGCAGCAGAUGCAGAAGCAGAUGUCCUCGUCGACGUCGUCGUGCCAAGAAUCAUACAUCCAUGGCCGUGACGACGAGUACUGCUUCCAGGUAGACGACUUUUUGAGCGAGGAGUGCAACAACUCGCCAGAAAUGGAGGAGGAGGAAGAAGAAGAGGUGGAGGAGGAAGAAGAGGUGGAAGAGGAGGAGGAGCUGGACUUCCAGUUCAUGGACAAGCCGGCGGCGGCGGGAGACGAGGACGCCGGGCUCUGCUCCCCGUUCGAGAUGGUCGCCGCAGAGCUCGGCGGCUCGGCGCCGGUGGAGGCUAACGACGUGGACGGCGAGCCUGCGACGGCGGUGCAGGAGGCGAUGAGGAGGAUGGACUACGAGAGGAAGGUGUCCGCAUCGCUCUACGCGCUCAGCGGUGUGUCCGAGUGCCUCAGGAUGCGCCUCGGCGGCGGCGCCUCCGCCGCGCGCGAUCAGCUGUCCGGCCUGCGCGAGGCGUGCCGCAAGAAGCAGAGGUUGGCGGUGCAGCAGCCAGCAUCGGAGCAAUCCUCGGAACCAGCUGCUGCUGCUGCUGAUCAUGGCACGGAGGAGGACGGUAAAGCUUACGUGCAAGAGGAGUGUUCAGGCAGCAGCAGCGGCAGCAGCAGCCUCACGGAGGCGGGGAGCUCGUCGUCACCGGAGGCAGCGAACGGCAGCAGCGACGGUGACGUGCUGCUGUGGAGCUCCCUGGACCUGGCGCCCAUCUGCUACAUGGCAUAGGCUGAUCAGUUUUGUUGUUGUGUUCCAUGGUUGCAACUUGCAGUUAGGUUGUGUUGGUGUGGAAUUCAUUUUGCUCCAUGCAUGGCAGAUGGCUCAUAUGAGAAGC